AUGUCAAAUAAAGUCCUGUCAAAUAAAGAACUCGACUACGUACGCUCUAGAGAAGCUGCUGAUGGUUCUUCCACUGAAAAAAGUGGAGGAGUCUUGGUUAAUGAUUUUGAAGAAAAGAAGGAACCAGAAUUAACUGGAUUUGCUAAAAUAAAAGACUCCUUCCGUCGUUAUGAUUCCGAAGAACUCAAUUUGGAUCCAAAUUUAACCGAUAUUGAAAAAACUGCCAUUAUGACUGCCAAUUCUCCUUUAUCUAGAAAAUUGAAAAAUAGACAUUUACAAAUGAUUGCCCUUGGGGGGAGUAUUGGUACGGGUCUUUUUGUUGGUUCUGGUUCUACUUUAAGAACUGGGGGGCCAGCUGGUGUCUUGAUUGGUUACGGGAUCAUUUCUACUAUGAUUCUUUGUAUGGUUAAUGCUGCUGGGGAAUUAUCGGUUACUUUCCCAGUUUCUGGUGCUUUUGUUACUUACAAUACUAGAUUUCUUGAUCCUUCUCUUUCAUUUUCUUUGGCUUGGAAUUAUGCUCUUCAAUGGUUGGUUGUGCUUCCAUUGGAAUUGGUUGCGGCUUCAAUGACUAUUCAAUAUUGGGAUACUACUACUAACCCCGCUGCUUACGUCGUUAUCUUUUAUGUUUUGAUUGUAGCAAUUAACUUUUUUGGUGUUAAAGGUUACGGUGAAGCCGAAUUUCUCUUUUCGCUCAUUAAAGUUCUUGCAGUUACUGGGUUUAUUAUUUUAGGUAUUGUGUUGGUUUGUGGUGGUGGUCCAAAUGAUGAAGGUUAUAUCGGUGGUAGAUACUGGCAUAACCCGGGUGCCAUUCAUAAUGGGUUUAAAGGGGUUUGUUCAGUUUUCGUCACUGCUGCUUUUGCCUUUGCUGGUACUGAAUUGGCUGCUUUGGGUGCUGCUGAAACUGCUGAUGUCCGUAAAUCUUUACCAAAAGCUACUAAACAAGUUUUUUGGAGAAUUGCUCUUUUCUACAUUAUUUCUUUAACCUUGGUUGGUUUAUUGGUUCCUUAUAAUGAUGAAAGACUUCUUGGUUCUUCUUCUGUUGAUGCAAAUGCUUCUCCAUUUGUUAUCUCAAUUAAAAACGCCCAAAUUAAGGGUUUACCUUCUGUCAUGAAUGCCGUCAUUAUGAUUGCGGUCUUAUCCGUUGGUAAUUCUUCAGUUUUCGCUUCAAGUAGAACCUUGGCUGCUAUUGCUUCUGCUGGUAUGGCUCCAAAAAUUUUUGCUUAUAUCGAUAAAGCCGGUCGUCCUUUAUUUGGUAUUAUUUUCCAAUGUAUUUUUGGUUUACUUUGUUUUGUCUGUGCUUCUUCUAAAGAAGGUGAUGUUUUCACUUGGUUAUUGGCUCUUUCUGGUUUAUCUUCUUUAUUCACUUGGGGUGGUAUCAUGUUAUGUCACAUUCGUUUCAGACGUGCUUUAUACGUUCAAGGUAGAGACACUAGUGAACUUGUCUUCAAAUCUCAAUUUGGAGUUUAUGGUUCUUACUAUGGGGUUACCAUUAUCGGUUUAAUUCUUAUCGCUCAAUUUUGGAUUGCUUUAUUCCCUUCAAAUAAACCUUCAGCUUUAAAUUUCUUUGAAAAUUAUUUAGGUGCAAUUGUGGUACUUGCUUUCUACAUUCCUCAUAAAUUAUGGAGACGUGGUAGUCUUUACAUUAAAGCUAAAGAUAUUGAUCUUGAUACUGGUAGAAGAGAAUUAGAUUUAGACUUGUUAAAACAAGAAAUUGCCGAAGAAAAAGAAAUUCUUGCUUCAAAACCUUUGUACAAGAGAAUUUACCACUUCUGGUGUUAG